AUGCGAAUACCCUAUUCCUCCCGCUUUGACAUUGCUCCCGUUUUGCAGCACGUGGGCGAGCAGGUGAAGGAGAUUCUAGUGGAGGAGUCGAACGUGCAGUCGGUGAACGGCCUCGUAACGGUGUGCGGUGACAUCCACGGCCAGUUCCACGACCUCAUAAAGCUCUUUGACACUGGCAGCCCCGUGCCCUCCACUAAUUACGUCUUUGUGGUGUACGGGUUCUACGACGAGUGCCAGCACAAGUACGGCAACACCAACACGUGGCGCUACUACACCGACGUCUUUGACUUCCUCAGCAUCUCCGCCAUCAUCGACGGCCACCCCCACUUCCACACGUUAUCAACUCGUCUCUCCUCUUCCCUCAGAACACCACGCCAUGUCAUGUGGGGCGGGGCAGAUCUGAUGUGGAGCGAUCCAGAGGACAUAGAGGCGUGGGCUGUCAGCCCUCGAGGAGCAGGAUGGCUCUUUGGAGCCCGAGUCACCACCGAGGUACUUCUGCCCGUCGUGUCUCCUCUCCCCCGGGCGGACGCGAUUUUGCAGCGAUUUUGGCGCUCCACGUCUGCCGCGUCGCCACCUGCUGCUGCCGCUUCCGCCCUCGCGCCUAACGGCGCCCUGCUGCCGUCGCUUCCGCCCACGCACCUAACGGCGCUUCCCCCUAUCUCCUCGCUUCCUCCUCCCACGGGCCAUCCAGCCCUCCUCCCCCUUCCCCCUCGCUUCCUCCUCCCUCGGGCCCUCCAGCCCUCCUCCUUCCCCCUUGCUUCCUCCUCCCUCGUGCCAUCCAGCCCUCUUCCCCCUCCCCCCUCACUUCCUCCUCCCUCGGGCCAUCCAGCCCUCCUCCCCCUUCCCCCUCGCUUCCUCCUCCCUUGGCCCUCCUCCCCCUUCCCCCUCGCUUCCUCCUCCCUUGGCCCUCCUCCCCCUUCCCCCUCGCUUCCUCCUCCUUCGGGCCAUCCAGCCCUCCUCCCCCUUCCCCCUCGCUUCCUCCUCCCUCGGGACAUCCAGCCCUCCUCCCCCUUUCCCCUAGCUUCCUCCUCCCUCGGGCCAUCCAGCCCUCCUCACCCCUUCCUCCUCGCUUCCUCCUUGCUUCCUCCUCCCUCGGGCCAUCCAGCCCUCCUCCCCCUUCCUCCUCGCUUCCUCCUCCCUCGGGCCAUCCAGCCCUCCUCCCCCUUCCCCCUCGCUUCCUCCUCCCUUGGCCCUCCUCCCCCUUCCCCCUCGCUUCCUCCUCCUUCGGGCCAUCCAGCCCUCCUUCCCCUUCCCCCUCGCUUCCUCCUCCCUCGGACCAUCCAGCCCUCCCCCUUUCCCCUAGCUUCCUUCUCCCUCGGGCCAUCCAGCCCUCCUCACCCCUUCCUCCUCGCUUCCUCCUUGCUUCCUCCUCUCUCGGGCCAUCCAGCCCUCCUCCCCCUUCCCCCUCGCUUCCUCCUCCUUCGGGCCAUCCAGCCCUCCUCCCCCUUCCUCCUCGCUUCCUCCUCCCUCGAGCCCCCUCCUCCCCCUUCCCCCUCGCUUCCUCCUCCCUCAGGCCAUCCAGCAAUCCUCCCCCUUCCUCCUUGCUUCCUCCUCCGUCAGGCCAUCCAGCCCUCCUCCCCCUCCCCCCUCGUUUCCUCCUCUUUUGGUCCAUCCAGCCCCUCUCCCACUUCCCCCUCGCUUCCUCCUCCCUCAGGCCAUCCUGCCCUCCUCCUUCCCCCUCGUUUCCUCCUCCCUCGGGCCAUCCAGUCCCCCUCCCCCUUCCCCCUCGCUUCCUCCUCCCUCGGACCAUACAACCAUCCUCCCCCUUAA